AUGGGUAAACGAGAAGUUUACGCUGAAAUGCUUGCGGACACCUUCGAUUUAAGUAUUGCGUUCACCCAAUCGGGGGCGCCAAGCAGCAACAGCCGCCUAAUCUGCGAGCCGUGCAUAUCACGGUUGCGCGAUGCUGCAGAUUUUAAGAGGCAGGUGGUUGAGUGCGAGAAGACCUUCCUUCAGCACUUGGAUCCCAGCAGUUCCAGCAUCGUCUCUUUUGAGGUGACCGGCGAGGGGGAGGUGGCCGACCCGGAGGUUAAGUUGGAGCGAAUCAAAAUCGAGAGCCUCGGCAGCGACGACGAGUUCGAAGCGCCAGCGGACUUCGGCGACGCGGACGACGAUGACGACCUCGACGACGAGCCGCUCACCAAACUGGCAACGCGGUUGCCGAAAACCGAGUCGAUGGACGCGGCGGACCUGAUAGACAACGAGAACGCCGCCCUGGCCCCCAAACGGAAGUCUACCGCUUCCAGGGCGAAGGCCUCGCCCUCCAAGAAGAUGAAAACGAAGAAGGAGUCCAAGGCGUCCGCCAGCAAAGCGAAACCAGAGAAGAAGAAGAGAGGUAGGCAGUCUGGCAGACUUUAUCAAGUGUCGGAUGGGGAGAUCGAUUUGAAUGCCUCCAUAGAUGUA